AUGGGUCGAGCGAUAUCAAAAUUUUCACGUACGUUAGGUUUCUCGGAACCUAAUACAUCAUUCUGUGCUCUAAAUGUACUGGGAACUCGUACAAGUGCUCUAUCGGCUGAGCCUGCCAUUCAACAGCAGAAUACAACGAUCGAUCAACUGUCUGGCAAUGUUCCCAUUACUCCGCUUCCAAGUAGACUGGCUAAUGAGUUUGGCUUAAACGAUACGAAUGAAUUCAAUAAUCAUAAUUUGAGACGACGACCAUCAAAUGAACUGCAACAGCGAGGAAAGAGAAAAGGACAAAAAUUGCCAUCUCGUCGUUUAAAUAUAUCACCGAAUAUGGCCAAACGAUUAGAUGGCUCGACUAAACAACGAAAUAGAAGACGUGAUCAGAGUUCACGAGCACAACCGCGUUCAUUCAACAUCGAGAAAAGACAAAUUUAUUUGCCUGAAGUGAAUAACGGUAUAACAGAGAGAAAUAUAGUUCCAUUAAUAAAUAAUAAUGUUAAAAGACGUCCGCCACGUCAUUUGUUGGAUUCUACCGACAAACAAAGAAUUGUACGUACAUCAUCGAGACAAACUACAAUUCCUCAACGUCUCUAUGAUCUCCUUCAAUGUCCAGUUUGCUUAAAUGAAUAUGUUGAUCCACACUUCAUACCUUGCGGUCACACAUAUUGUUAUUCUUGUCUCAAUCAAUUAAUUCAAAAUAAUAAUAUUCUUAUCUGUCCUGAGUGUCGAAAGAAACACAUAGUUCCACAAGAAGGAUUUCCCUCUAAUUUUCUCGUCAGAAACUUGAUCGAAGAAAAUUUACAUUCAAUUAGUGGCAAAUGUACAGAAUGUAAACUAUUUACAGUUUUAAGACCUUGUCGACACUGUGGUUUUAUGAUAUGCGAUAGAUGUUAUCAACGUCACAAAGAUACUAAAUUAGCACAUAGAAAUUUGGAUGGUGAGAAGAUUAUUCAUCUUUUUGUUGCUGUUCAUAAAUUAUUAUUUGAUGUUUCACAAGUCAAGCAAUUAAUAGUUGCCAUACCAAUAGCAAAUUUUUUGAAAGAUCCAUCCGCUGUUCUUACUCAACGUAUUGCAAAACGAGAAAGACUCGGAGUAUUUGAUCAACUCGUUUUAGAAUACGAUGGCAAAAGAAUUCGUUUUAAUCGAACACUACAUUCUUAUGGUAUUGAAGAUGGUGAUAUUUUAUACGUGUAUAAUAAUCAACAAUUCGGUAAUCAAUUGACUCAUUUAUGUGAUAAUGACAAUACAACGAGAGUAGUGUCACCAGGACGAAGAAAUAGAAAUAUAACGAAUAAUACGAGAAAUAAUGUUGAGUUAUUAUCUUAUCAUUCAUUGAAUGGUGAUAAUUUACAAACUAGUAGUACUAGUAUAACUGGCAACAGUAGUGACAUGUCUAAUGGGAGUCAUGUUUAUACUCAAACAUCACACUCACUCUCUUCACCAGUCUUUAGAUUAACAAAAACAUUGCAAUCCACUUAA